AUGAGAUUGUUGUAUCGUAUCGCAGCUCUUGUGGCACCUGCGCAGGCGGCACUGCGCUUUGGAUGCUCGACGGUCAGCAUCCAGCGGCUCGAUCCGCUGGUUGAGCCCGGGAAACUGCCUUCGGCGCAUGUGCACCAGAUUGUGGGGGGCAAUGCCUUCAACGCGACCAUGGAUGCCGAUCCAGCUGUGCAGGCCGACUGCACGACGUGCACUUUCUCCGAGGACUUUAGCAACUACUGGACUGCAGCCAUGUUCUUCAAGCACACAAACGGCUCGUACAAGCGCGUGCCGAUUAUGCAGAACGCGGCGCUGCCGAAUGGCAUCAACGGCGGCAUGACGAUAUACUAUACGCAGCAGGACUUUAACAGCAAUGGGAACCAGAAGAUUACGGCGUUCCCCAAGGGCUUCCGCAUGACGGUCGGAUCACCCACGACACGCACAGUCGAGGACGCAAAGAAGCACGUAGGUCUACGCUUUGUGUGUCUCCAAGACAAGAACACGCGGUUCCCCGAGACACCCGACUUCCCGUCGAAGCCGUGCAAAGGUGGCAUCAUGACUGUGCAUCACUUCCCGUCGUGCUGGGAUGGCAAGAACCUCGACUCGCCGAACCACCAGGACCACAUGUUCAACACGGCGAAAGAAGCUUUCGCAGCCGCUGGUCCCUGCCCCGCGUCGCACCCGGUGCGCAUGCCCCAGCUGGCGUACGAGACGCUCUGGGAUACCACGCAGUUCAGCAACAUGUGGCCCAAGGAUGGGUCGAACCCGUUCUUCCUCAGUUACAACGACAACAAGGGCUAUGGCACGCAUGCCGACUAUGUGUUUGGGUGGAAGGACGACAGUCUGCAGCGAGCCAUGGACAGCAGCUGCAUGUUCCAGGCGUGUGAGAAUGGCAAGCCGUUGAAGAGUCAGAAUGUGCAGGCGAUGAACAAGUGCCAGGUUAAACCUAGCAUUCAGGAAAAUAUCGACGGGUGCAAGACGAACGGGUCCGAGGCUGUUGCCACGGCUGCCCCGACUGCGAAAAGGGCGGGAGGAUCAUAA